AUGAGUCUUACUACUACCAGAAGAAGAAAUCAAGAGAGCGUCUGUUGCAGCGUAACGACGGGUUCCAUUAAGGUAGAAGCCGUCUCGAGUACGACAGUUUCAGAAAAGAAGAAGUUGCUACAUAAUUUCGAUGAGUUGCCAGAAUGGCAAAAAGAUAACGAUAAGAUUCUCACCGGGUACGUCCGCGAGACACUGUCAUGGAAGAAGUGUCUGUAUUCCCUAUUUUAUUGGAACAACGAGACAGUGAACAUCUAUACGCAUUUGGUACCGGCUGUCAUAUACUUUGUGUUUGCAAUCACACUGACCAAUUACUUCCUUAUUCCUGUUUUUCCCUCGACCUCGUGGUCUGAUUACACCGUGAUCAACAUAUUCUUGAUGGGUGCGUUUUCGUGUCUGAUGUGCAGUAGUUGUUUUCAUUGCAUGAAACAACACUCUGAGAAGCAAAGCAACUUUUGGAGCAAGCUUGACUACUUAGGAAUCAUUAGUUUGAUUUCCUGUUCUAUGAUUCCUAUAAUAUAUUUUGGUUAUUUUGACCAUAUAUCCUACUUCAGCCUGUUCACGAUUGUUACUCUGGUCCUAGCAACUUUUUGCACUGUAUGUGUCCUACACGAAAAGUUCAAUACUUCCACAUUUCGUCCAUUUAGGGCCAUGUUCUUCAUAUUAUUUGGAUUCAGUGGACUGCUCCCAUUGACUACGGGGUUUUUCAAGUUUGGCAUUCAAGGAGUUUUAAACAGAAUCAAAGUAAGCUUCGUGUUUUGGGAGGCGCUCUUUUAUAUUUCAGGGGCUGUUAUCUACGGGUUUAGGAUUCCAGAAACUUUGGCACCAGGUAAAUUUGAUUUCUUAGGUAGCUCUCAUCAAAUAUUUCACAUCAUGGUGGUUCUUGGCUCCAUAUGUCAUCUGAAAGCCAUCAUCGGUUCUUAUAAAUUAAUGCAUUCUCAUAUUCACCCUUGA